AUGACUCUAUUCUCUUGGUUGAUUUCUGCCUUGUGGUCACGCUCUGUCAUCGCUCAAGCCUCAGUCCCUCUGUCAUGGGCUCCGAAAGAUUUCCCAAUUACGGGCCAAAAGACCAAUGCGCCUGCACUGAAUCAUUAUAACGCUACGUCGACUCUCGCGUACCAGUCAGAUGAUGUGACAGCGGUGAAUUGUCAUUCCACCUGGUUCUUCAUCACGACCAUGGACAACAAGAAACACCAUCUCUCCAACAUCAUCUGCCUCGAGGGCAGAGAUCUGUUGCGUGUCUACAGCGUGUAUUCUGAUUUGUCCAAUACUUCUGUCCCGUUUCAAGCCACCGUUCGCGCGGAACCAGUCACUGCUCGCGAGGACCGACUUUCAAUUACUAGUCAUACGCAGAAUAUAUCUGUUGAGACAGCUGCAGAGCAACACACCUUCAUGAAUUGGGUCACUGAGUACGAUGCAGUACGAGUAGACGCGCAACUCAUGCCUGCAGGUUCAAACUUCUAUCUUGCGGGCAGCGGAGGUGUUCAACUGCCCCCGUCUCCUACUCAGGUAGACCCGUUCGCAGGAUUUCCAGGCUUCUCAUGGUAUUGGACAAACCCGAACCUUCGCAUCAACGGCACCUUCACAGUCAACGGUGUCACCUCCCCAAUCGACAGCACGCAGUCAUUCGCCCACUACGGACGUCAGUACGGCUACUUCGCCUUACCCAGCGUCUACUGGGCCGUUUGGCUCCGGUUUCCCACCGGAGAAAUGCUCAUGUCUUGGAACAUUUUCCCAGACAGCAACGGUCACCACUCAUCAGCUUGGGCAUCGAUCUGGCAUCCCAAUGGAUUAGUUGAGUAUCUUCCUGUCGGAGGAAAGACUUCCGCUUCCGAUGUUUCGACGAGUGCGAGUGGGAGGCAAUAUUGGAAUUCGUUCGUGUUGGAUUUGCCGGCGAUUAACUCGAGUCUUGAAAUUCAACAAUGGACGCGAAAUGCGGAGUUUGUAGCAGAUGGGUCGCCAUUGAAUUUGACUGAGAGUUAUGCAGAAGGCAGUGGAGUUUGGAGGGGCAAGUGGACGACUUUUGUUGCACAUGUGGAGCAGGCUGGUGCGAAGACAGAACGAUGA